AUGGUUGGUAUGGAAGCUGCAGCAGUAUCUGCAAUGUUGAAGCUUGUGGGCAACAAGUUAGCUCCACUGGUCUUCAAAGAGUACAGCUAUAUAGUGGGUGUGAAAGAGGACCUCCGGGAACUACAAGAUCUAGCUCAGGAGAUCAACAGCCGAUUGGAAGCAGCAGGAGACAGAGCUAUAGGGGAUGCUCCAUUUCUCAAAAAGUUGAAAGAAGCUGUUUAUGAGGUUGAUGAUGUUGUGGAUGAGUUCCAACUGAAGGCUGAAAAAUAUGAAGCUGAUGGUGAUGGUAGUUUUGUGUCCAGUUGCCUGCACACAAAACCAAAAUCAUUUAUAUUUCAAUGCCAGGCUGCCAAAAAGAUCAAGAAAAUUAAGAAGAUGUUUGAUGUCUUUGUGAAGCAAAGAAGUAUUUUUAAUUCAGUGGUUGGCAAUGAUCCUGUUAGCCAUAUAGAAGACACAGCUAUGAAUAUGCAAACACUGCCCUUCGUGGAUGAGGCAGCAGUAAUCGGAAGAGACCAAGAGAUGAAUGAUAUUCUAUCUGAGCUGCUACAGGAUGUUGACCAACAGAGAAUCAAGAUAGUUUCAAUAGUUGGACUUGGUGGCUCUGGGAAAACUACCCUGUCCCAGCUGGUUUUCAGCGAAGUAAAAAAUAAAAACCAUAAUCAUUUCCCAGUUAAACUAUGGGUUCAUGUGUCAGAGGAGAAAUUUCAACUUGAAAAAAUUCUCAAGAAGCUAUUUGAUGCUAUUUCAAACGAGAGGUCCGAUGGCCUUUCCUUGAGGUAUAUGGCCAAUAAAAUCUCAGACGAGUUGACCAACAAAAGGUUCCUGCUUGUAUUGGAUGAUGUUUGGACUCAAGAGCGUAUUAAAUGGGCAGAGUUCAUGGUACAUCUAAAGAAUGGCUCACCAGGAAGCAGGAUUCUACUCACUACUCGUAGUAGAAAUGUUGCUGAAGCAGUGGAAUCUACAACAUUAAUCGACUUGCCACUGUUAUCUAAGGAUUACAGCUGGCAAGUGUUUCAGCAAAGCUUCGGAAAUGCUGUGAAAGAUUUGGGCUCUGAAUUUCAAGAAGUUGGGAAAGAUACUGUGAACAAGUGCGGUGGGGUGCCACUAGCAAUUAAAGUUCUUGCAGGCAUCCUCCGUGACAAGAAACGAGUAGAACAAUGGCAUGCCAUAAAAGACAACAAUUUAUUAGAUGUCGAUGAUAAAGAAUGUCAGGUUGCAACUUUACCAAACUCUGUCAGCAAGAAUAAAAGGCUAAGGGUAUUGAGGCUAGGUUAUACCAUAAUUGAAAGGCUACCAUCAAGUAUCACGACACUGGAGAACCUGGAGUGUUUGGACCUUUAUAGCUGUUCUGAGUUGGUAGAGUUGCCUGAAGGCAUAGGGAACUUGAAGAAGCUUGUUGUUUUGGACCUGAGAGAAUGUGAAAUGUUACGAGCCAUUCCAAAAUGGAUUGCACAGCUUACUCGACUUGAAACGCUGGGACUAUUUGUUAUCGGAGAGGAUAACGAAAAUGAUGCACAAACAUCUGAGCUUGAAAACAUUAAUAAGAUUAGAGGGGAACUAACUAUCCAUGGUAUUGGACAUUGUAUAGACCUAGAUGUUGCACACAAGGAAUGGUUGAAGCAGAAGACAAACUUGCAGAGCCUGACACUAACUUGUGCAAGUGAUGUGGGGGCGAAGUCUAAAAAUCAACUGGAAGGGUUGGAACCCCCGCCUGGAAUUGAUAACCUCAAAAUUGUCGGGUAUUCAGGUCAGGAAUCCAUGCAGUGGAUGUUGAAGCACAGAGAAGAAAGCUUGGCUGAUGUAGAAGGGGGGCAACUGCAGAUUGGUAAUCGUCUAUCAUUUCUAACUAUAUCGGAGUGUCCCAAACUGAUGGUGAUGCCAUACUUUCCUUCAUCGCUGAAGGACUUGCAUUUGGUUAAGAGCAACGUGCAGCUGUUGGGACUGCCAGGCGUAGACCAAAGGUCCUCAUUGCCUUCAAGUAGUGCAGGAUUGCCUUCUUUUAGUUUUAGCCGCCUAAAGGAGCUUGUACUGGAAGGCAUGGCACCACCAGCAGGAGCAGCAUCGUAUGGAUCUGGAUGUCGAUGGGAGCUGCUGCAACACUUGAUAGCACUGGAGUCCUUGAGAAUUGAUAGUUGUAAUGGCCUAACCGAGCUGCCGGAGAGCAUGCGGAGCCUCGCAUCCCUCCGAACCCUGCGGAUUAUAAGAUGCCGACCUCUCUGUAUGCUUCCCGAGUGGCUUGGGGAGCUCUGUUAUCUGGAAAAGAUGUACGUUUCGGGGUGCAGUAGUUUGAACCUUGCUCCACCGAUGCAGCCGCUCAGGGCCCUCAAAGCACUGCAUAUUUUCAAGAGUGGGUGGGUGGGGGACCUCUGCUCUCCGUCUCUGCAGACUCCACGGAUUCAUGGUUACGACAGCGUUAGUAGCCUCCCUCAGUCAUUCAGCCAGCUCACCUCACUCACCAAUCUCGUAAUAAGCGAUUGUGAGUUUCACCAGCUGCCAGAAUGUCUCGGAGAGCUCCGCUCUCUACAAAUGCUACACAUCGAGGCAUUAUGUAGGCUGAGCAGCCUUCCACAAUCAUUGGGGUACCUCACCUCCCUCCAGGAGCUCAAAAUUGGAGUCUGCGAUGCACUUGGCCAACUUCCCGAAUGUGUUGGGGAACUUCGAUGUCUACGCGUAUUCAAGAUUAAGGAGUUGCCGAGCCUAACGUGCCUUCCCCAAUCAUUGAGGACUGCUCCUGCGUCUGUCGGCCGAAGGCGGCGGCGGCGGCGGACAAGACGCUGGAGACAGCCGAUGCUACACAACACCGACUUCCCCGGCGACGCUGCAGCCGACAACGGCGAGGUUUCCGGCACCGCUACGGCGCCGGAAACUACUAUCGCAGCAGACUGUGCUACCAGGGAGGGUCACAGUGAGCCCACCAGCAACUCCGAUGCUCAGCCGGCGGACCACGGUGCUUCUCGUGGCGCUUGUGAGACCGUGCCGAACAGCGUUGUUCCUGCCAGCGGUGGCCAGCGACACCAACGACGUAGGCAUCUCGGGAGGUCGACACGGGCCGCUUCGACGGCGCCGGGCGUAGCCUCUGUCACCGCUGCUUCCUGCUUUCCUGAGCCAGACCCGCUGGUCUUGGAGCCCUGCGUGGGUGUGGGACCUCCUGCGUGGGUGGACCCGAUGCUGGAGGAGCUCACUGCCUCACUCGUCGCGAGCCGGCCAGCGGGACCAACAACGCCAUGGAGCCCCACUAAUCCAGCGGGCGCCUCCCUAACGACGGAUUCGCCCCCGUUGUCGCCUGAGGUGGAGAUGCCGCAAGUCACGCCACCACGGGUGGGACAGCACGACAUUGCGGAUUCGGAGGUUACAGAGCUUGAGCUGUUGAGGCGUAGCCGUGGAUCAUCGAUUGACGAUGAAGGCCACAAUGCUCAACCUCCAUCGGCUGAGGUGUCCCUGUUGGCACAAUUGGAGGCGCGGGUAUACAUCCCGCUCGAGACCCCGUUGCUCAGCAAGUCGAGGCUGAGAAGGUCUAGGACACCUUCAAUGAAAGAGCUUAUUAUCGCGGACUGCAAGGGUAUUAGAUCCUUGUCGGAGUGGAUUAGAGGCCUUACUGCUCUGCAGACACUGGAGAUCUCUGGCUGCCCUGAUAUGGAGAAGCGCUGCGAGAGAAGGAAGGGGAAGCUGGCACCUCAUCUCCCACAUCCCUCAUCUGAGGAUUGGGGAAGCAGAAACCCAUUAUUACCAUUAUUUCUUCGGGUGAUAGAGUGUCAGGCCUUUUCUAAUGAUGCAAGACCCAAUGAAAUCUUCGGGGCAUCAUUAAGCUGUCAUAAAACGGUGUGGGGAGAAGCGUAUGAAGAACUUGAGCCUAUGGAUGUAAGAAAGUUCAGUCGUAUCUUUUACAGCUGGCAAUUAUUUCAGCAAAGUUUUGGAAAUGCUAUGAAAGAUUUGGACUCUGAAUUUCAAGAAGUUGGGAAAGAGAUUGUGAACAAGUGCGUUGGGGUGCCACUAGCAAUUAAAGUUCUUGCAGGGGUCCUCCGCGUUAAGAAACGAUUAGAACAAUGGCAAGCCAUAAAAGAGAGUAAUUUAUUAGAUGUUGAGGGUAGAGAACGUCAAGUAUCUGCCUGCUUGUGGCUUAGCUAUUUUAAUAUGCCAUUCCAUCUAAAGCAGUGUUUCACUAUAUGUUCAAUUUUUCCUAAAGGUUACUGGAUUGAUAAAGACCAAUUGAUUGACCAAUGGAUUUCUCUUGAUAUGGUCAUGGAAGAUGUUGUCAAGGACCUGGAAAUUAUUGGCAAUGAUUACUUUAAUCAGCUUGUGCAAAUGUACUUUAUACAAGAUGUGAAGGAAAGAAAUGGUGAGAAAGUUAAAUACGAUGAUUUCAUAUUUGGGAAGUCAUUGAAGAAAGCAAAACACUUGAGCAGUAUCACUGUGGAAAAUGUGCAUACAUCAGCGCUCACAGCCAUACUACAGACCAAAAAUUUAAGGUACCUUAGCAUUUCAGGAUUGAGAUAUGAACCACUUCCUGAGGUUAUUUCAGAAAUCUGGAGUCUGCAAGCUCUUCAUGUAACGUCAAGUAAUCUUGUCAAGUUACCUGAAUCCAUUGGUAAGCUGCAGAAGUUGAGAGUGGUGAACUUGUCAUACUGUUGGCACCUAACAAGUUUGCCAGAUUCUAUUGGCACUUGUGUCAUGAUUUCUAGCAUAGACCUUUUUGGUUGCAAGAAGGUUGCAACGCUACCCAGCUCUAUCAGCAGAAACAAAAGGCUAAGGGUACUGAGACUAGGUCGUACCAAACUUGAGAGGCUACCAUCAAGUAUCACGGCACUAGAAAACCUGGAGUGUUUGGACCUUCAUUGGUGUUCCAAGUUGAUAGAGUUGCCUGAAGGCAUAGGGAACUUGAAGAAGCUUGUUGUUCUGAACCUGCAAGGAUGUGGAAAGUUACGAGGGAUUCCAAAAGGGAUUGGUCAGCUUACUCGACUUGAAACGCUGGGAUUAUUUGUUAUGGGGGAGGAUGAUGAAAAUUAUGCACAUAUCUCAGAGCUUGAAAACAUUAAUAAGAUUAGCAGGGAACUAACUAUCCAUGGUAUUAGACAUUGUAUGGACCCAGAUGUUGCACACAAGGAAUGUUUGAAGCAGAAGACAAACUUACAGAGCCUGGCACUUAUUUGUGCAAGUGAUGUGGGGGUGAACUCUGAAAGUCAUCUGGACGGGUUGGAACCACCGCCUGGAAUUGAAAACCUCAAAAUUGUCCGGUAUUCUGGUCAGGAAUCCCCGCAGUGGAUGAGGAUGUUUCGCUUCCGGCUGUUGUGCGAGAUGGAAUUAUCAGAUUUCCCAAAAUUGGAGCGACUGGAGGGGCUACCGGAGUUUCCUUGUUUGGAGAAGCUUAUGCUCAGUGGAAUGCCUGCUCUUAGAAGCAUAAGCGGAGCUCCAUUUCCUUCGCUGCUGAAGUUAUUCAUCAUGGGUGGAAUGCCAAGUUUGGGCGUGGUAUGGAUGGUAACAGAGGGGGGCAUGGCUGAUGUGGAAGGAGGACAAGUGCAGAUUGGUAAUCAUCUAUCCGUUCUAGCUAUAUCAAGGUGUCCCAAACUGAUGGUGAUGCCAUGCUUUCCGUCGUCGCUGAAUGACUUGAGUUUGGGGUGGAGCAACUUGCAGCUGUUGGGACUACCUUCCAGUGGUGCAGGAUUGCCUUCUUUUAGUUUUAGCUGCCUAAAGGAACUUGAACUAAAUGAUAUGGCACCACCACCAGGAGCAGCAUCGUACGGAUCUGGGUGUCGAUGGGAGCUGCUGCAACAUUUGACGGCACUGGAGUCCUUAGAGAUUAAGUUGUGCGAUGGCCUAAUCGAGCUGCCAGAGAGCGUGCGGAGUCUCGCAUCCCUCCGAACUCUGCGCAUCUCAUUCUGCCGCUCUCUCUGUAUGCUUCCGGAGUGGCUGGGGGAACUCCGUUACCUGGAAACGAUGAGCUUUUUCGACUGCGGUAGUUUGAGCCCUGCACCAUCAAUGCAGCCACUCAGGGCCCUCAAAGCACUGGAUAUUUCUAACAGUUGUCAUGAUUUCCACGAGCUGCCAGAAUGUCUCGGCAAACUUUGCUCUCUACAAAAGCUAGGCAUCAAGGGAUUACCCAGGCUGAGAAGCCUUCCACGAUCAUUGGGGCACCUCCCCUCCCUCCAGGAGCUCCGAAUCGAAUACUGCGAUGCACUUGCCCAACUUCCCGAAUGUGUUGGGGAACUUCAUUCUCUACGCAUAUUCAAGAUUUGGCAGUUGCGGAGCCUCAGGUGCCUUCCCCAAUCACUGGGGCACCUCACCUCCCUCCAGGAGCUCAAAAUAACAUACUGCGAGGCACUUGGCCAAUUGCCCGAAUCGCUGGGGGAACUUCGUUCUCUAUGUGUACUCACAAUUAGUCAGUCGCACAGCCUAACUUGCCUUCCGCAAUCAUUGGGGCACCUCACCUCCCUCCAGAAGCUGGGAAUUGCAUACAGCAGGGAACUUGGCCAACUGCCCAAAUCGCUGGGGGAACUCCGCUCUCUAAAGCUUACAAUCAAGGACUGCCCGGGCAUUAGAUCCUUGUCAGAGUGGAUUAAAGGCCUUACUGCUCUGCAGACACUGGAGAUCGAUGGCUGCCCUGAUGAUAUGGUGAGGCGCUGUGAGAGAAGGAACGGGAAGGACUGGCACCUCAUCUCCCACAUCCCUCAUCUGAAGAUUGGGCUAGGCGCAGCCCAUUAUCACUUGGACUUCGACUGUAUAGAUACAGGGAUCAAUUUUAAGCCGUAUCCAAUUGACUGUCAUCUCAAGCUGUUGAAUAGCAUAGAACGCAACAUGCGAGUGGCGGAGUGGGACGGCUCGAUCGCAUGGGCUGACAUGGGCCCAGAUGUUGUUCAGAAAAUUGACGCCGUGUCCAGAGGCAGAGAAGAAAAGCUACCGCUGUUCCUUGCGUGCGGCGGUGCAGAUUAUUAUUCUUUUGGUUAUUGCUAUUAUUUCUUCACCAUGUCUUCAAUGAAAUAUGAUAUUCCUCAACUAGAUCGUGAUACAAGGUUCGCAUUAUGGCAAGUCAAGAUGAGAGCUAUUCUUACGCAGGCUAAUGAUGAUGCUCUUGAUAAAUUUGGUAACAAGGAUUCCAAAUCUUGGACUGAUGAUGAAAAGAAAAAGGAUCGUAAGGCCUUGACUCAAAUUCAGCUUCAUCUUUCAAAUAAUAUUUUGCAAGAUUGUCUGCUGGAGAAAACUGCAGCUGCUCUAUGGCUCAAGUUAGAGUCAAUUUGCAUGUCUAAGGAUUUGACAAACAAGAUGCAUAUGAAGAUGAAGUUGUAUUCGCACAAGUUGCAAGAGGGUGGUUUUGUGAUUAACCAUCUGACGGUCUUCAAGGAGAUCGUUUCUGAUCUACAAGCUAUGAGUUCUUUUUCAAACUUCAGAGAUACUUUAUUAUAUAGCCAUGAUACACUAACUCUUGAUGAGGUUCUGCUUCCAAAGGAGAAGCGUUGUCUGUUCGUGGGAGGACAGAAAAUAAAUCAAAUAAUGGCAAUAGAGGCAAAAGUUCUAAUCGUUACAAAGGCCGAUCAAAGUCUCGAGGUAGAGGUGAUAAAUUCUGCAAGUAUUGCAAGAAGGAUAAUCACUUUUAUCGAGGAUUGUUUGAAAUUGAAGAAUAAAGAGAAGAGAACUGGCACAUAUAGAGAGAAAGGUAAACCCAAUGAUGAAGGUAAUGCUUCUGUUGCUGCUUCUAAGGCAGAUUAUUCCAAUGGUGAUUCGCUUGUUGCUUUUGCUGGAUGUGCUAAUAGUGAUGAUGAAUGGAUUCUUGAUUCCGCUGCUUCUUUUCAUAUAUGCUCUAAUAGAGAUUGGUUUGUGACCUAUGAUUCACUCCAAGGUGGAGGUUCUGUUAGAUUGGGUGAUGACAGUCCACUUGAUAUUGUUGGUAUUGGAUCCAUUCAGAUUAAGAUGCAUGAUGGCAUUGUCAGAACUUUGGCUGACAUUAAGCAUAUUCCAAGCAUGAGCAAGAAUCUUAUUUCUCUCAGUACUCUUGAUGCUAAAGGGUACAAGUACUCCGGUGGAGAUGGAGUUUUAAAGGUGUCAAAAGGUUCUCUUAUUGUUAUGAAAGGUGAAUUGAAAUCUCCAAAUUUGUACCGUCUUCGUGGUACUACAAUUAUAGGUGAUGCCACUGUAAUUUCCAAUUCAUCAUCUAAUUCUGAUGCUACUGAUCUUUGGCAUAAGCGUCUUGGACAUAUGAGUGAGCAAGGCUUGCAUGAAUUGUGCAAGAGAGGACUUCUUGAUGAUCAUAGCAUUAGCAUUGUUAGGCACUACACUAUUCCUUAUACGCCUCAACAGAAUGGUGUAGCUGAGCAUUUGAACAAAACUAUCAUCUCCAGGGCCCGUUGCAUGUUGUCUAAUGCUGGCUUAAAUAGGCGUUUUUGGGCUGAAGCCGCUUCCACUGCUUGCUAUCUUAUUAACCGUUCACCCUCUAUUCCUCUUGAUAAGAAAACUCCAAUUGAGGUAUGGUAUGGUUCUCCAGCUGAUUAUUCACAAUUGAGAGUUUUUGGUUGUACUGCUUAUGCUCACGUUGAUAAUGGUAAAUUGGAGCCUAGAGCUGUUAAAUGCAUUUUUAUUGGUUAUCAAUCUGGUGUUAAAGGUUAUAAAUUGUGGAAUCCCCAGACUCAGAAGGUUAUGCUUAGCAGGAAUGUUAUCUUUAAUGAAACUAUUAUGUUUGUUGACAAUCCUUCUGUUGAUGCUCCUAUUGAGGGGGAGAAAAUAAGUGUGCAGGUGGAGCACUUAAUUGAUUCACCAGAUGUUGAUAAUGCUAUUGUCCAAGAUGCACCGAUUGCUGAAAUUUCUCCAAUUGUUGAUGAUUCUUCUAUUGUUUGA